CUCAACCAUGGUUGAAUACAUAUAGUUACAAGAUUGUCAGUGCCCCCUUUUUCUCCAUUUGCUGGAGCUCCACCAAGCUCUUCUAGUUCUCUCUCCUCCCUCCAGAUCCUCCGAUCACCAUCAUCUUCCUCUUGUUUUCCGAAUUUUGAUUUGUGGCCGGGACCUGUUUUGAAUUCGAUUUGUUUGUUUAGCUAUUUCGAGCUAUGGGACUCUUUGAUGGAUUGCCUGUUCCUAAAGAUAAAGAGUAUUUGAGAGAUGAUCUCGAGAAUGUAGAUGAGAGCUGGACUGUAGCACGAUUUGAUUCGUUACCUCAUGUUGUCCAUAUCUUGACCUCAAAAGACCGAGAGACUGAAAUCCAAGCAUUGAAAGACCAGAGUGAUAUUGUUGAGGAAGUUGUGGAUGAAGUUGUUCAAACUUAUCAUGGUGGAUUCAACAGAGCAAUUCAGAAUUAUUCACAGAUAUUGAGGUUAUUUAGUGAGUCUACUCAGAGUAUCCGGACUCUAAAAGUUGAUUUGGGUAAUGCAAAAAGAGUUAUCGGUGCUCGUAAUAAACAGUUGCAUCAACUUUGGUAUCGCUCCAUGACAUUGAGGCACAUAAUCUCCUUGCUAGAUCAAAUCGAGAACAUAGCUAAGGUUCCAGCUCGUAUUAACAAGCUUAUUGAUGAUCAUCAGUUUUACGCAGCAGUUCAGUUGCAUGUCCAAUCAGCUAGAAUGCUUGAAAGAGAGGGACUUCAGACGGUUGGUGCUCUUCAAGAUGUCCGAUCUGAGCUGACAAAAUUGCGUGGAGUUCUCUUUUACAAAGUGCUGGAAGCUUUGCAUGCUCAUCUUUAUAAUACCGGUGAAUAUAGCUCAGCUACCCCUAGUAUGGAUGAGAAGGAUGAUGUUAUUCCCACCACCACAGUUGCUGCUUUUUCAAUGAAUAAUUCACAGUCACUCUCCCGGAGAACCAGAUUGCAGAAAGGUGACAGUCAUGUUGGUGCAUCUGGAUUUGCUAGUUCUGUUGAUGGAGGUUCCUCAUACGACGGCCAUGAUGACGAUGGCACACUUGACAUUCAGGAUGGUGCUGACAAUAAUGGAAAGGAUAUGAAGAAUAUUCCUCGUCUUCCAACAUGGCUUUCAGAAUCCACUCCUGAUGAAUUUGUUGAAACAAUGAGAAAAAGUGAAUCUCUUCCUCAUGUGAAGUAUUUGCAGACCAUGGUUGAGUGCCUUUGCAUGCUUGGCAAAGUUGCAGCUGCUGGUGCUAUAAUCUGCCAAAGAUUGAGACCGACAAUUCAUGAGAUCAUCACAUCAAAAAUUAAAGCUCAAGCCGAUUAUGUAAAUUCUUCUAGGCCUGGUGUUGGCCAGGCUGCUCGAACUGCUACAACAGGUCUUCACUAUGUAAAAGGACAGUUGCAGAGCUACCAACUACCAAAACAAAAACAAAAGAAUGGGACAUUGUUAGCUGGAACACUAUUGGCAGUCAGCCCUGUCUCGCCUGUGAUGGCUCCCAUGGGUGCGGCACAGUCUGCAGCAAAGGAACUUCUUGAUUCUAUUCUGGAUGCUAUUGUUCGGAUAUUUGAUAACCAUGUAGUUGUUGGAGAGCUUCUUGAAUCAAAAUCCUCUCAACAAGCACCCAUGAACACACCAAAAUCUAUGGUGGCUGAGAUAUCUGGGAACCCUGAUUCUGAAGCAUCUCGGGACACCGGAGGCUACACUAUUGGGUUUUCCAUGACGGUUCUGCAGAGUGAAUGCCAACAACUCAUAUGUGAGAUUUUGCGAGCAACUCCUGAAGCUGCAUCUGCUGAUGCUGCUGUUCAAACAGCUAGACUUGCAAACAAGACUCCUUCAAAAGAAAAGAGGGAGGAUGGCCUUACAUUCGCCUUUCGCUUCACUGAUGCUACACUAUCCGUUCCUAGCCAGGGGUUACAAGGACGGAAUAGAAAAGGUCAAAAUGUCCAAGAAGGUUAUGGUUCAGCUUCCCUCCUACCAGAGCAGGGCAUAUAUCUAGCAGCAUCUGUAUACCGUCCUGUUCUACAGUUUACAGAUAAAAUCGCUUUAAUGUUGCCUGAAAAGUAUUCUCAAUUAGGGAAUGACGGGUUGCUGGCGUUUGUUGAAAACUUUGUAAAAGAUCACUUCCUGCCAACUAUGUUUGUGGAUUACAGAAAAGGCGUGCAACAAGCAAUAUCAAGUCCAGCUGCAUUUCGCCCACGAGCAAAUCCUGCUGCUGCUUACUCCCCGUCAGUUUCUAAGGGACGGCCUGUCUUACAAGGACUUUUGACCAUAGAUUUUCUGGCUAAAGAGGUGCUUGGGUGGGCUCAAGCAAUGCCAAAAUUUUCUGGUGACCUUGUGAAGCAUGUGCAAACCUUCCUUGAAAGAACUUACGAAAGAUGUCGGGCAUCAUAUACAGAGGCAGUUCUUGAGAAGCAAAGUUAUAUGCUUAUUGGAAGACAUGAUAUCGAUAAUCUGAUGCGACGUCAUCCAGCAAGUGCGUGUUUGCCAACUUCACUUGCUCAGGCAAAUGCAGAUGGUCAUGUCACUGGCACUGAUGCUGAAACUGAUGGGAUCGAGCUGGAAAUGAGUGAACUACUGAUGAAACUAAGGCCAAUCAAACAGGAAUCCUUGAUUCGUGAUAACAACAAACUCAUAUUGUUGGCCUCCCUUAGUGAUUCGUUGGAGUACAUUGCUGAAUCUAUAGAAAGGUUUGGGAAUGCAUCAGGAAAAGCAUCUGAUCAAGUAGAAAAUGAUGUUAAGCCGACACCUUUUCAUCAUAAACGAAGUAGCAGUCUACCUCCUAAGGAUCUGGCAUCAUUUGCUGAGGAUUACAGAAAACUGGCAAUUGAUUGCCUAAAGGUUUUACGUGUAGAGAUGCAAUUAGAAACAGUUUUCGAUAUGCAGGUAAUGGCGACAAGGGAAUAUUUAGAGGACCAAGAUGCUGAGGAACCUGAUGAUUAUGUUAUAUCUUUAAUCACUCAGAUAACUCGUAGAGACGAGGUCAUUGCUCCUUUCAUUGCUCCACAAAAACGGAACUAUGUAUUUGGUGGAAUCUGUGGUGUUGCAUCACAUGCAUCCAUCAAGGCUUUGGCAGAGAUGAAACGCAUCAACCUUUUUGGGGUUCAGCAGAUUUGUAGGAAUACAAUUGCACUAGAACAGGCUCUGUCGGCCAUCCCUUCAAUCAAUAGUGAAUCUGUGCAAACGAAGUUGGAUCAUGUUCGAACUUACUACGAACUGCUAAACAUGCCAGUUGAGGCCUUGCUUGCUUUCAUUACAGAGCAUGACCGCUUAUUCACUCCCAUUGAGUACUACAAUCUUCUGAAAGUGCAAGUGCCUGGUCGGGAAGUUCCAGACGAUGCCAAAGCUAGGAUGGCCGAUAUCUUACCUAUUUAAGCUUUCGGCUUAUGGAAACGAUACAUCAUUCAAGUUGAUGCUUUUCCCAGACAGCCCCUUCUCCCCGGAGCUAUUCUAAAUAUGUGUUGUUUUCAAUCUUCUUUUUCCAAUCAAUUUUGUAUUCUUUUUGUGGACAUAUAAGCUGAAGAUAUCGUAAGUAAGUAGUAUGUAUUUCCU